AUUUUGCCAACCCUCCGCGGUUGUAGAUUUGUUUCAAAGGGGAGAGCGGGCCAUUUAACAAAAUUUGAUUUGGCUGAACACACUGACAACCAUGUCAUCUAGGAGCGACUGCAUUUAGGAAUAGAUUCUUGAAAAUGGAUCUUCUCAAAGUCCAUGAGCUAGUGCUGUCCUGGUACUUUCCAUCUACAUGAUGGAGGUUAUUUUUCCAUAGAUAAACUGACAUUCAAAAUUCUAACGAAUACUGUGAUCUUCUGUGAUGGCUCGGACCAAAGGUAGCGGAAAAUCAACAGCACCCAAAAAGCCGUGGAAGAAAAUCUUGUAUGGGAGCAGAGAAUACCCUGACAACUACACGGACAGUUCGUUCCUACAAGAACUUCGAACAAAUGUCCAUGUUCACACAGUUUCUUUUCGUGAAGCCAUUUUAGGAGCAGGACGAGUAACCAAUGCCAUCUGUAUAGUCGUGUUAUUUAGUAUAGUAUUUGUAUAUUUAUACAAUCAGUUAGUCGAUGCAAAUACGGUUUUUGUAUACAGUUGUGCAGGAAGCAUUUUAGGAUAUUUGUGGUAUCGUAGCCAGUCAGAUUUUCAAAAUGGUUACUGGACCUGUUUCUAUAGAGAUGCCAGAAUGGUUGCCAUAUUUUUAUCUGUAGGAUUUGCCUCAUCUCCUAUCCUGAAAACAUUGACUGAAACCAUUAGCACUGAUACAAUUUAUGCCAUGACAGUAUUUAUGAUGUUACUUCAUCUAUGUUUCAAAGACUACGGUGUCUCUCCAGCUUUAGUCAGCAGCUCUCUUUCAUUCAAUGCAGCUAUUUUUGGUUCAAUUUGCUUAGCUUCUAGAUUAGCUUCCUCAUUCCAUGCCUUUGUUUUACUUUCUCUAUCAGUAGAGGCAUUUGUACUUUUACCUCUCUUGAUGGUUGAAGCUGGACGAUCACUAUGCAUAUUGAUUCUAGUCAUCUCUGUAACAAUAGGAGCUCUGUGGAGUCUUUCUCCUCCAAUGACAGUUUUCUUUGUUCUUCUAAUUUGUUUUGUCAAUUUGAUUUGUCCAAUUUGGUUUUUGAAGUGGCAGAUUCACAAAGAAAAUAUCUAUGGGCCAUGGGAUGAGGCAGUAGUAGAGGACGCCGAUAACAUUGUAUCAUAAAUAAAAUUAUUCUUCUUAAAAAUUA